UGAAGUUCGUCAUUUGUCACAGAUCAUCUGAUAACACAGCCACAACGCAUUUCUCAAGUGAAACAUAAAUAGGAAGCGAGUCUGUUAAUUUCCGGGAAACUACAUGUACUACUAUUAUGAUGUUGGUUGGAGAUCCAAUUUAUUUGUACAAGAACUAAUUGCAUUACAAGAUAGGAGGCGUAGAUUUGAUCCAAGCAAAGGCCGACUAUAUCUGCAGCUCAGGCGCUCAGCCUCAGACGACAGCGCCCAGCUCAGACUCGGUCAUCAAGCUUCGAGCUUCGAUCCGUGCCGUGGUUCUCCGCUGAAAAACGAGUUGUCAAGAAUUUUCUUGAACUUUUGAAGUUGAAGACAACAUGUCAUUUUCAAUACAGUUAUGUGCCUUUGUCAUUUUAAACUAAUACUGGAUAAUAAAAGAUCACGAAGAGAGGAUUUAACAUGGCAUCAUCGUGUGUCUACCGUAAGCCGAGGCUGUCGAAUCGGGCUUACAGAGAUAUCUAUGCAAUUCCUGUGUUCAUCAUGUUCGUAUGGACCACCUGUGUCUGUUUAUGCGUGAUGGGGCAGUUUCCGGUUGAUUCCACCCCGGCGAGUCGGGCGUCAGUAACUUCGAAGAAAGGGGGUGGAGGCAAUUCCCCAUUGGUGGAUAGAUCGUUUGAAUACCCAGAAUGUAGCACCAAAGAUGUUGCAUGUAUUGAGGAACAUAGAGAGAAGGACAGACUGGGUAAGGAGGCUAUCAUGAUGCUUCAUAGGCAGAUGGAUGAUGACCAUGAUGGUGAUGUAGAACCAUCAGAAAGCGAUGAGUUUUUGAGAGAUGAGCUGAAGUAUGUUGAUGACUUUGAGAGACACUCACAACUUCAUCGGAAUGAUAAAGAGAUCAGUGCAGAAGAAUUGUGGAAAAGCUGGAAGUAUUCAGAAGUUUAUAACUGGACCGUCGACAAAACUGCCAAGUGGUUAGAAGAAUCAGUAGAUCUACCACAGUAUGCAGAACGUUUUCAAAACAAUGGAAUAGAAGGAUCAGCUUUACCAAGGUUAGCAACCAACAAUGGGCACUUCAUGACAGCAAUCCUUGGAGUCACAGAUCCCAUUCACAGACAGAAAAUAUCCUUAAAAGCCAUGGAUGUUGUCCUCUUUGGCCCUCCUAAACCACUUCAUAAUUAUCUGAAGGAUUGGUUAUUGGUCAUCUCUCUGGUUGUAGCCUUAGGAGGAUGUUGGUUUGCCUUCAUCCAGCAUCGCUACUCACAGAGCCAUGUUAAACAGCUACUGAGGGAGAUGGAGACUCUGUCAAGUGCAGAAGAAUCACUCAAAGAACUCCAGGAAAAAUUAAAUCUUGCCCAAGAGGAACACAAGAGUGCUGUACGAGAGAAGCAGUCUAUUGAGAAACAAUUAACGGAUGAGAUAGAACUCGCAAAGACUGAGGCAAGGAGAUUAGAAAGAGAAAGAAUAGGAGAUGACUCAGAUGGUAGUUCAGAUCUAGCCACCAAACUCAGACUCGCUGAAGAAGAACUUGUUCAGGUAAGAAGUGCAUUAGACGAAGCAGAGCGGAGGCUCAGUGAGGAGAUCAACUGGUCCGCCCCCAUGACUCUCCAGCAGUGGCUCCAGCUAACGUACGAGAUUGAGUACCGGUAUUACGUCUCCAAGCGAGUCGCUGCGGCCAAACAACUCCAGGAGGCCAAGGAGGAAUGUGAGAAAUUACGAAGGAAAAGGGCCUCUCUGAUUGGCUCAUUUAAGAUAGCCCAUGGAACGUCGCUUGAUGCUGUUGAUCAGAGGAUUGUUUCUGCAAGGGCUGCCCUCCAUGAGGUUACAGCUGAGUUAAAAGAACGCACUCAUCGUUGGAAUCAGAUCGAGUCCCUGUGCCAGUUUGCCAUCAUGAACAACCCCGGAUUCCAGAUACUCAUGGCAUCCAUGGGUGGGAUCACUAAUGGUACCGACCUUACAGGGGGGCAGAGUCCUGAAAUAGACGCCCCUCCACCGCAAAUGCCUGGUUCCCUACCUGGUUCUGGAUCUGUAGUUGGUAGCAUGGCUCAUAUGGCUGAGUACAAUCCUCCAAUGGGUCUAGAUGAAUGUGAAGAGAAUAUACCACCCAUUCCACAACAACAGCCAUCCUUUGGGUCUGUUAAACAAGCCUUGCCUAUGCCACGUAACACUAGCCAGGAGUUCCGACGCAUUGCCCACCAGCAACGCUCCCAGAGUCAGCAGAGCCUAGGUUCCUUAUCAGGUUCACAGGUCAUUCACAGGACACACUACCAACAGCCACCACAGCAGCAACAAGCACAGAUCAUCCAGCAGCAACAGUUUGGAGCCGGUAGCAGUGCUGCCGCUGGACCAGGGCAUAGUGUCAAUGGCAACGGCAAUGCAUCGGGUAGCAGUGGAUCUAAGUACAUCUUAGGAGGAGAUAGCACUUUUGAAAGGAUGUCCUCCCAGGAGUCAUCUGGUUCGUUGCUUAGCAAUGCAUCAUCCGCCAGCCAGCAUUCCAGCCAGCAGGGAGCAACGUCAUCACAUCCGCCAUCAUCAUCCUUUCCAACAUCCCCAUCACAAGGCAUGGUCACCUCUCAUCAACCUACCACUACCACCACUACCACCGCUCUCACUGCUAACCCUAACAACAUGCCUGCUUCUUCCGCCAAACCUAUCAUCACCUCCUAUCGCCCUCUACCUCCUCCUCCUCUAUCUCAUAGCAUGCCUAAUCAAUCACACAGGUCAUUCCCGCACCCCUAUCGUACCCACCGCUCCUGCACGCACCCCUUGAUGCUUCUGCAGAGGAAGUCCUUUGAUUCCUCCUACCCUCUGCCCACCACCUUGCCAUCCUCCACCAGUGCUAAUAAGCGUGUCUUGCAUGCCUCUUGUUCCGAUACCACCCUCUCCACCCUGGGGUCCCACCAGUCGCUCGUUGAGGAGGCAGGGGCGACGGAUAUAAAACCUGCUGCCGGUGUUGUCAACGGCAACAGUCUGACAAAGAAAAGGAGAGAUCAGCUAAAAAAGAUGGGAAUAGUGUCGUCAAAAGAUGAAGAAAAUGUUUCAUCAAGCGAGGGCGAUCAAACAGAAGGGAGUAAAAAGAAGUCUCGGUUACGCCUCCUACGGAAGAGCAAUAAGCAAGAUAAGGUUAAGACUAGUUGAUGGCUGCCCAACAUGGAUAUCAGCAUAUGGGACUAUAAUGUUUGUGUCGUGUCCAACAUGGUUUUGAACAUUUGGGACUCUACUCUGCAUAUAUGUGUCCAGUACAAUUUUCAGUACAUGGUCAUGUAUUGCCUGCACUGCACCCAUAUAGUCUGACUGAAAAUGGAUGUUGGCCUAGUAAAGUUUUUGUGGUGAAUGCUAACAUGGAUGAGACUGCAAGGGACUACAUGUGGAAAUUUUCUUGUUACAUAGACUGAGUAUCUACAUAUACCUGUAUGUAUGCAGUAAGGCAUGGCUUCCAGCCUGAAGUUUGUUUCUUUCUCUACAUGAUUAUGAAAAUCAUUGGAAGAACAACUAGAGCUAGAUAUUUGAUCAAGUCAGAAUGGCUAGAUCUGAGAUCAAAUAGAAUGGGUCAAAAUGAUAAUAGCUGCCUGCAUGUAAAAUAAUGCCAACUGUAUCAAAGAAAAUUUAAAAUCAAUGAAUUCUUGUCACAUUUCAUAUUUUGGUUUAUUACAGUAUUCGACACCGGCCGUAUUAGAUUUCGUAUUAGAGAUAGAAAAUAGCUAUUUGCACAUUACUUUCACUAUACCAAUGCAAUAUCUUUAAUGAAAUAAUACCUCAUUUUGAGAUUGUAUUUUGAUCUUUGCUUUUUCCUUCAAAAUUUUGCACUAGGGACACAUUGGACACAUAACUUUGACAUGAUAUACAUAACCUGUUUGCAUCUAUUUGCACAAUUUUUUAAUUAAAAUCACAUAUCCAUUCUCUAUUUCUAUCUUUUGUAAACCACUGCAUAGUAUAUAUUCACAACCAAUAUGCUUUGAAUAAUGUGGCACAAUGUGUUUUCCUGUGUCAUAGUAACAUUAAAUAGCUCGUAGAACAUAUGCUGCUUAUCAACAACUCAUAUUGGCUAAACACAAUUAUAAUUGGUAGUUUUUUAAAGGAAUGAUAAAAAGCUUUGUAUUGAUGUAACUAUCUGGAGAAAUAAAAUCACAUUUCGGCCAUCUUGGAGAUUAGGUUUGUGUCUAAAGAAGUAAAUCAAUAUGGUUUUGCUGCUAGUCCCUUGUACUACUUCUCUUAAUUCUAGAUCAAAUGACUUUGGUAGAAAUGUACAAUGUCGGACUGUUGUAACCAGCACAGCAGAGAGCGGGGAGGGGUCAUUUCUUAAAGCUGUCCAUGAAAUUAUGCAUGACUUUUUACAAAUGACAGGACUAUGAAGUGCCGAAGUAUGGCCCUAUGAUUGCUCACAAGAUAACAACUUAGUUCGUGUAUCACGGCAACAAUAUGUUUUCAUCUGGAAUGUGUUUGUACAGUAACAGUUUUUAUCAUCAUCAGCAUACUUCAGUUGUGGCUAAUGCAAUUGAGACAAACGGCUUACUAUGGGCCUCUUCCAGUCAUUAAUAAUUUUUGCAUAACAUUGUAAUCAGCUUUUUGAAACAGAUGACUUACAUGUAGUCAUGAGAAGGAAUCUUUGGAUUAGAAAUAUGGAGAGAGACAAGAGACAGAAAUUAAAAUUAAAGAUUGGUAGUGAAGGGACCCCCUUUCAAUACCAGACAUUUACUAUUAUGAGUGGUUUUAGAACAGUUCUUGUCCAAUUUAUGGUGCUCAUUCUUUACUGUUUUGUUGUCAAAAGAGAUAUCCACAAAAAACCCUUAAUGGGUGUAUGCUUUUGCACAUAGCUAGAAAACAGUAGUCUGGAGGAAUUUGUAAGAAAAUGCAUGCAAGAAUGUCGAGCUCUAUACUUUUGCAUUCAGAUCGCAUGUAUAAGCAUUGAGAACAAAGACGAUGCCUUAUAUUUACUCAAAGUACUCGUAUUUCAGCAAUAUUUCAUAUGUCAAAGUGUUUGGUUGAUAGUGUGUGGAAAAUCCAGAUCAUAUGAUAUGUUGUUAUCCUUUCUCAUCCCCUCCUAAUGAUUCAUAAUAAGGAAAAUUUACAUUUAUUUCUUUACAUUAUAUUCAUUAUUGUCAUUGUUGUUGCCAUGUCAGAACAUAUUCCGAAGGCUUGUGAUUUCAAAUCAUUGAUUGGUCCAAGAAUGACAUGCACAAAAUUGUGCUCAUAGACCAGGCGGGCGUUUCAUAAAGCUGUUUGUAAGUUAAGAGCAACUUUAAAAACGACUGGUGAACCUUUCUUCCUUUCUUAUCAUCAGUGACAAUUUGAUGGUGAAUAUCAUUUACCAGAAGAAAGGAUCACCAGUCGUUCUUAAAGUCACUUACAAACAGCUUUAUGAAACGGCCCUAAGUACACAAUUCAAAAGUGCGUUAUACAGUAUGACAUACCUGAUUCUGAUUAAAUCAAAGAUAAGAUAAUUUUCAGGUACCAGUUCUGGUUUCAGUGGGCGACAGUUUAAGAUCAUAUUCAUGAUAUACUCUGUGCAGUAGUUCUUUAGUAUUUUGUUGUUUUUAUAUAUGUAGACAGUACAUUAACUGAAAUAUAUUUAGGUUCAUUUGUAGGGAAAUCAGAUAUAAAUGUAGGAUUAUGACGGCUGAUAGGCUUUUGAGUGUUUUAAUGACGGAAUUAUUUCCAAAGCAAUUAAAAAAUGAUUGUAUAGUACAGAUGGUACAUGUAUUGAUUUUAGUUCCUUCUAGAAUUGGUGUAAAUUGGUAUACUGUAAUGGAUAAGAAGGUAAUAAUAAUAAUAAUUGAUACAUAUAAAUUUUAUAGUUGGCUUCAUCAAGUUACAUUCAACUGCAACACAAUGAUUGUGUUUAUACAUGUAAAUUGUGCCAAUUUCUUUCUUUUAUUUGUCAAACUAUUUAGUAUAUUGGUAUGUGGUUAGGUGUAUUGGAUAUUUACCAAUUGCUAAUUUUUAAGAUGGUCUUGUUGCUGGAAUAUUUCAUAUAUCUCUGAUUUCAUGAUGUACCGGUACUUUUUUCUUCUAAAAGUCAUUUCCAUGUUAACUUGAUUUCUAUCUGUCAUAAACAUUCCUGUAGAUCAGGAUUAGAGACAUUUAUUCUUUCAUCAUUCUUGUUUUAAUGUGUUGUGAAAAGGGCAUCAUGGUGCAUUUGUUCUAGUGUGAUUAGAUAUGUACUUGUAAACUUAAUAAGAGUAAGUGUGAUGGAUAUAUGCUCAAAUAACAGUCAAGUUUUGUUAAUUGAUUGUCAUCCAAAGACGUUGUGGUAAUAAGAUAUGUUAGAAGAGGAUUGGCAGAUAUGUAAUUCAAUUUUGAACAAUAGAAAAUGAAAUGGUUACAUGAUCAACAAAGUUAUCAUUUUGAAGACUUAGAAUACAGUGAUGUUUUAUUUCUAAAAAAGAUUUGUUAGAUUGACUGCACAUCAGUAACAAAUAUUUCAGUAUGUACAUGCUUUAUUGUUUUAUGUAAAUUUGAAUGUUUUGUUUUAUUUUAAACAAAUGAUUAUGCCAUAUAUAUUCAGCAUCACUGCUGUUUUAAAUGUUGUGAGGUGUAUGUAGUAAACAAGUGUUGAAUAUUUGAGUUGUAUUUUCUGUUUUAUUUAUAUUUGAACGUUUUAUUUUCUUUUAUACAAAUAAUUAUGUCAUAUGUAUUGAAGCAUCAUUGCUGAUUUUAUUAUUAUUGUGAGGUUUAACAAAUUGUUCACUCUCGAGUUUUCUUUUCACAAUUUGCAUUUACAUUGGUUAUAUGCAUUCCGAUUGAAGUGUUAUGUGUUUUAUAAUUUUCUUUUUCUUUUUAAGUUUUUGUGCAUAUGUACUUUGUGUGAAGAUGAUGCUUAUCAACAAACAAAUUACAACAGAGUAUUACAAACUGGAUGAAUAAUCCUGAAAAUAGUUUUAUUUUGGUGAAGUAUGUUACAAUAACUGCUGUGCGGUUUCAGUUUUUAAAAGAUUUUCUAAAAUGAUAUAUAUAAUUUGAUUAUUUAAUUAUGACAAUGAUGGAAGUGCCUUGUAUUAUUAGCUGUAGAAUGAUGAAAUAAUUUAAUUUACCUCAUAUUAGCAUAAACAUAAAUAAAGUUUGCAGAAAGGGUUUCUUUAUCUUUCUUUGAGCUAUACAUUUUGGAUUUUGUAAUGAUUUGACAUUAAUGGUAGUAUAAACAGACUUUCCAUGAGACAACAGCAGUGAAAUUACUCAUUUUUAUGUUAAGAUCUGUGGAAGUGCAAGUAAAACAAAUAUGACAGGUAUCUAGCUUUUAAGCUCCAGUGAUUCUUACUUCCUUUAAUUUUGUAUUGUCUUAAAUUAAGCCCGUUUCUGACUGUCGCCUACUGCAGAUUUUGACUUGUCAUUUAUUUACUUUAUUUUAUUUGAUUUAUAUCUCAUUCUGUAAGACCAAACUCGCAUGAUCUGUCUCUUAGGUCGUGUUUCUGUACCUAGUCACAAGGCCAGUCAAUUAACAUAUUUUUAAAAAUAUGCCUUUUUAUUGAUAGUGAGGGUCUAAGGCUUUCUUUUAUUGGUUGCACAAAAAAGUGCAAGAUUAUGACAAAUUGCCAAGUGAUUAUAAGCUGCUUAAUGCUCAAUCAUAGAAUUAAUGUUCAAGGUGACAUCUUUUGAUAAUUACAAUUUUAUUUAAUCUGAAUAAUGUAACUAUCCUUAUUUAAUCAGCUUAACUUCUGAUAUGACUUGCAGAAGGUUUUCUUAUUAUGUUGGUUCAAUUUUGUUCAAACUGAUACGCUUAUUAUUUUUUACUCUUUUUUUUGGGGGGGGGACACAUUAAAUCUAAUUUGCCAUCCUCAACCCGGGGUUAAGCAGUUGGUUGUCUGAUAAGGAAUUAGUCUUUGGAAUACCUGAGCACCAUAAUGACUGUCAUGCCAAAGCUUGGGCAAGAUUACAGAAGAGCACAAGAAGAUAGCACCAAAAAAGAACCAUUAUAAACUUUGUAAUCCCUAUAUUACGUUAGGAAGUACAUGUAGUCAUUUGAUUGCCUGUUAUUAACUUUAAAGGCAGUGUGAUUUGAAAGCAAAUAAAUCAUUCCACGUGUAUAUUUUAUUUGUCAAGUUUGUAAAGACGAUUCAGUAUAAUAUGUCUUUAAUCUUUUUUAAUCAUAAUAUGAUGUUUUUCAAUACUGUAGGGGAAAGGGUAUAUUAAGUCAAGGAAAGUAGCUGCAAAUAGACAUAAUUUUGAUAACUUGCCAUUAUUCCACAACAAAUAGGAAAGCAUACAUAGUCCUAAAGGUAAAUUUCAUAUAAUUUGCUUGAGGUGGCCUUGAAAUUUAGUGUUUAUUAUAAUUGAAUUGUUUAGUAAAACCAUAAUACAUAUAUCUGGACAAGAUUAUGUCUUUGCCAGGUAUCUUGUAUUUAAUGAAUUUGAAGAAAAGCAGUUAAUAGUUUACCCAGUUGGUAAGAUAAUGUAUUCUAUGAGUAACUUAGUAUUUAUUUGUCAGUGGCACAAUGUUUAAUAGGAUACAAAAAAAAAAUAUGCUCAUUGGAAUUUGGGUCUUUAAAUCAGGCAGUAAUUGGAAUAUCUUGGUAGUAUAUUGUUUGCGUAAUUAAAUGGAUUUCAAAUGAAAUGUGAACAAUUCUUGGUUAUAGAAUAUAAAAUUUUAAUGGAUAUUAAUUCCCUUGUUCAGCAUAUAGUCAUUUAGAAUUAUCCUUUCUUACUAUGAAUUUAGUGGGAGUAAUACAUGUAGGUACUAUCUAAGGGUACUUUAUAUUCAAGCGAUAUAAAUGAGAUAAACAUCAUCUCUAUGCCUUGGAGGAUGAAUUUUGAUUAAUACAAUUAAAUUGCAAAACAGCA